GAAAUGAAAAGUAUUUGUGUCGCGCUUGUAUUGGAGUGACCAAGCGAGUUUGUUUAACUUCCUUGUUGUCUGUGGUUGAGCGUGUAGCUACUACGCUAACGUUAGCAUGACGGUAGUGCUAGUGUUAACGUUCCUGGUUUACUGAUAAUGAAUUAUGAUGAUUUGCCGGCACGCUUGGCUAAUGGAUGUAGAUUUGACACAUGGUGAAAUAAACGUUUUCUUUAACCUUAGAUGUUUAAACAGCAUUUGUGCAAUGGCUUGCAACCAUAACAACUUAACCAAGAUUGCAAACGUUAUGGAGGUUAGCUAACUGUUAGCAUAGCCUAGUUAGCUAGCCGAGUCAACACACUGUCUUAAGUUACUGUUUUGCUGGUUAGCCGAUAGCGUUGUGAUGAAUGUAUCAGAGCUAGUUUUUAGUGAAACGGGCAAACUUUAGAAAUGAGGUAGUGGAUUAUUUGUGGUAUUGACCUUGACUUAGGAUAGCUAGUCAGCGUCCGUAGGCUAACACGGCUGCUUUUUAACGUUCACGAUAGCUCUUGUUCGUGCUUGCUAUAACGUUAAUUAUUCAAUUAAUCGCUAGCCAGUUAACGAGCUUUGAAUGGUACACACUUCACAGAAUUGCACAAUAGCUUAUAUGGAUAUAUUUUGAUCUAUUUGAUUAAAACCAGUGUACGAGUCACGAUGGUGGACUUUUUGCAUAUCAUCAUGUGUGUUUGGUCUACACCGUAAAUGACUGAUGGCUGUAGCAUGGAAACGCAUGGUUGUUAGCCAACAAGCUAAGGCGCCCACAAAAUGGCCGAUAAUUGUGGCCUUUUCUCUGCUGGUUCUGUGUACAUUAUGAUGGCCCAAUGAGUGAAUGUUAUAGAUUGCACGGAUAGCAGUUGCAAAUUAGUGGGUCGUGUACUUGGCAAGUUUGGCAUUAGCUUGAUUGUGACUUAAUCUUCAGGAUUUAACUAAACCAUAGUAUUAUAUUGUACUGCUACUUCUGCAUGCCUUGAUAUGACUUAGGCUAAAAGAUGACCGGCUCCAGUGAUUUCAGGACCUGCGAGGAAAACGUAACCCACUAAACGCACAUUAGCACAUAGGGGAAGCCCAGUUAGAGUUCAUCAGAGAAAGCACAGGUUCUCAGCCCUGAGACCAAUAGCGAUGUCUCGCAGAAGAAGCCGUAGUGCUAGCCCAGUGCGGCACACGACCAACAGCAAUGACCCUCGUGACCUGGAGCGGAGGAUUUUUGUGGGAAAUUUGCCGACAACUCUGAUGGACACGAAGGAUUUGGAAGAAGUGUUCAGACCAUAUGGGAAGAUCAAUGCCUUGUCCAUGUUCCGUGGAUAUGGAUUUGUGCAGUUUGAACGAGUGGAAGAGGCGGAGGCAGCGAAGGCGGGACAAAAUGGUCGAUUUUAUAAGGGGUAUAAACUAGAUAUAAAUAUGGCAGCGGAGCGGCGACACAGUAAAGCUCAAACCCGGCCGAGCCCUCCUCGAAGGCACCCGUACAGUGGAUAUGGGGAUGGUAGAGAAGGCCGCCCUCGGUCACGCUCCCCAGUGCACGGCCGGGACUCACGGGAUCACCGUGACGGCCGUGACAUGAGGGAUCCUCCUCCUCGGGAGCCCGCUCGUGAGUCCUCUCGAGAGCCGCGCCCUGCACCCCCCCGAGACCAUGGACCCCCACGCGAUCACGACUCCCGAGAUCCUGCCUAUGAACGCUACCGCGGCUCUGAGGGGCGAGAAAAGGACCCUGCUUUUAGGGAGGAGGGUUAUGAUCGCUACUACCGCGUGGAUGAGUACUACCGCAAGAAGGAGCCGUUCGGCAGAGAGCCGUACAGAGCGGAGGCGUGGAACGGCGGCCGCAGAGAGCCGGAAGAGGAUCGCAUUCGAGAAGGUGAGCGCAGAAGGAACGAGCUCUACAGGCAGUACUACGAGGAGCUCCAGCGACGCUAUGACACUGAGCGGCCUGUCGACUGCUCGGUGAUCGUGGUUAACAAGCUGCAGAAGGAGUAUGCGGAGACGGUGGGCAGGAAGGUGCGAGACCUGGGAAUGGUGGUGGACCUGAUCUUCCUGAACACCGAGGUGUCGCUGUCGCAGGCGCUGGAGGACGUGGGCCGCGCACACACCCCCUUCGCCAUCAUAAUUACCCAGCAGCACCAGGUGCAUCGCUCGUGCACGGUCAACAUCCUGUUUGGCACGCCACAAGAGCACCGGAACAUGCCCAUGCAGGACGCCAUGGUGCUGGUGGAGCAGAACUACGUGGUGUACAAGGCGGAGCACCGCGACAAGGAGCGCGAGGAGAUCGCCCGCAAGGCCGCCAAGAUGGCCGACGACGUGCUGCUCAGGGAGCUCGACCAGGAGUCUCACCCAGUCUCUCUGCUCUCCACGGUCACGCUGCUCUCAGAGAAUAGGUUCCUGACCCCAGAGGAGCUGGAUCGCCUCAUCGAGUACCUUCGGGACAAGCGGGAGCGUCUGGUCAGGGGCAGCGCUGACCCCCACGCCGGUAAGCCACAGCCCCAUUUAACUUGACACACUACACUUGUGCCCA